AUGGCGUCCUCGACUCAUCAGGGCGGCGUUCAGCUUGUCAACCGAGAAAGCAGCCCGUUUUAUCUCGCUGGCCAACUCAACCCGUCCUGGCGAUGCACUCGUGACCCAAGACCUUCUCGACAAGCAUGCGGGCAAGUUUGUCGCGAUGAGUUACCAAAGUGUCAGGGAAUCUUGCAGCAGUGCAGCCUUGAGGUCUGCGUCUCCGACUUUGCUGACCGGUUCGAUGCCGUGGACCAGGAGUUGCAGGACUUGGACGCCCAACGCCUACUCCUGGCAGUUGCCAGCGUGCACUUUGAUCAACCCCAGCCCAUACGCCCCGUGCUCGUCGAACCACGCCCUGAUAUGGUUCCGGUGCGCGAACCUCCUCAGUACAAGCCUGCUGUACGGGUCUUCACACUGCAAGAGAGUUGCCGCAAUGUGCGGUUCCUCGGAGACACCACACGGUCAGUGUCAAGGUUCUUGUGGCGCAAGGACGAGUCAGAGUGGCACAGUGAAAAGGCUUGUUUCCUUCUCAACACCAUCAACGGCGGCAGCGGCAUCGACCUCAGCAAGUUUCCUGAAUUCAAAGACGCCCUGUCUGUGUCCUCUUCUCUUUCUCGUUACAUCCAAGUUCGGCAUGAUGUGGCCGUGCCUACGGAUGCUGUGCCCGCUGUCUUCUUGUUGUUCACUUGGUCCGAAGUGGCACAGCGGUUGGGCUCAUCCCAUGUGCUGCGCCUUUUCCGUGACAGUGGCUUUCGCGUCCAGCCCGGCCCAGUGCUGCGCGUGUGA